CCGGGCAUGGGGGGGAUCCCGCUGCUCAGCCGCCCCUGCUUUCCCUGAGUGGUAUUGUAGUCGGGGCUCCGACCCUUCGGCGCCCAUGGAGCCUAAAGUUGCAUUCAGAGGCACCAAUCGCUGUUGGAGUAGCGCAGAAACCAGUGGAAGGCUAACUGAUGUAUUCAAUAGUGUUAUCAUGACAGGCUCCAGCUCAUUCUAUGAUUGCUACAAAUUACAGAAUGAAGACAAUAUAGACCUAAAUCAAACAUACAGUUCUUCACUUUCUACGUCGUCAGAAUAUUCAACUUCUGUUGACUCUUCUCUCUUAUAUGCACCAUGGUCUACAUAUGGAGAUGAUAUUAAACAAUCUGCUGUUUCUCAGAUUAGUGUAAAGAACAGGAUUCAAACUGAGAGAAAUGAUUACGGCAGUGAAACAGACUUAUAUGGACUUGUAUCUAACAUCUUGGAAGAACAAGAUAAAUCACAGCCAUAUUUUGCUGAGGGGACCUGCUCCUCAAAUUUAAAGUCAGUAUGGCCUGUGAACACAACUAGAUUUGCAGACCACCAUGACCUGUUGUCGGAAUCAAAAAGGCCUGUAGUUGCAGCUGUCUCUCAACAGGUUUUUUAUACUGGUGAAUCCAUAUCUGCUGCUGAAAAACCAUGCUUGCACAGUGGCAAUCUAGCAUCACAACAGAAAAUAGAUGAACUUUAUCAUGGGUUUACUAGUAUGGACCUGGAAGAGCAAUGGUUGUACCCUUCUAGGAAUGAUCAUGCCAGCUGUUACAACAUGCAGACCAAUGAGAAUGCUAAAACACCUCCCUUACAAAGCUAUUCAUAUAUCAAAAACUCUUUUAUACCACAAACGGGUUUUUCAGAAGUAAUAAAAGAAUCAGGAGCAGAUACUUAUUCAUAUGGAAGAGAUAAAGUGUGUGCCAAAGGGCCUGAAGUGCAGUUACACCAAAAGCGGGCAGAAAUGUUUAUUCCACAACUUAACAGAUACAGUGAAAAUGCAGAUUAUUGUAGAUACCCAGAAUAUUCUCAUCCCAGUAAAGCAAAGCAUAAUAAAAGUACAAACUUCAGUGUCCAAGAUAGUAAAACGUUAACAAAUGGAAUACCUGAAGCACCAGCUGUGGAUACAGAUACCUACACUAAAUUAUUUCAAGUUAAACCAGCAAUUCAGAAAAAAAUUGAAGAUACAAUUCCAGAUCAGCAGAACUUUACUUUUUCUAAAACUACAGGACUCUUGUCAGAAAAGCAGUUUGGAAAUGAACAAUCAUUUACCACUGACUUUGGUUUAAAAUCUGAGUAUGGACUAAAAUCUCAUGCAGCUUGUCCAGGAAGUAGUGAUUUUGCAAAUGCCACCGAAAAACAACUCUUUUCCAAAUCUGAUUCCCAGAAUUCUGAAUAUUUUAAAUCACUUACCUUAUUAUCAAACUCAGCAACCACGUCAGCAGGCACUAGUGUAAGGCCAACUUGGAUGAAUAUUCAAACUAAAAACAAUACUUCUGUCCUGUACCAGAAUCCAAGCACCUUGAUGAAGUUGAGUAACCAUCUGUCUGCUACUCCAAAAGGUUCCAAUAAUUCUAAUGAUUUUUCUCAAUUGUCAUCUUCAAAUUUAACUUUAAAUGGUAACUUGUUUCAGAAAUUCUGCCAAGAAAAUCCUUCAGCAUUUUCUAGUUUUGAUUUCAGUUAUAAUACUGCAGAACGAAUUCAGCCUGCUAAUCUUAUGGAAGGACUAACUAAGACUGGAGAAGAGAGUCUCUUUGAAUCAGUUACUGAUAAAAAAAUUAAGCAGUCAAAUGGUUUUUGUGAGAACUAUUCAGCUCAACAAUAUGGGAUCACUGAAAAUUUGAACAAACACAACUUCCAAGCUAAGCCACAAAGUGGACAUUAUGAUCCUGAGGAAGGACAAAAACAUCUAGAUGGAUUGCCACAGAACACAUACCAGGAUCUGUUGGAGUCUCAUGGUCACUUUAAUAGCCACAGACAGGGAAGUGGAGACAGCAAUAUUGUCAAUAGCCGUGUAAAUCGCACACAGGCUUCCUGCUUUUCAAACAAUUAUAUGAUGGGAGAUUUAAGACGCAAUCAUAACUUUCAGCAACUUGGUUCUAAUGGGUUUCCCUUGCGAUCCACUCAUCCAUUUGGCCAUUCAGUUGUUCCCCCGAUGGAUUCCUAUGAUUUGUUUUCUUAUGAUGAUUUAAGUAAUUUAUAUCCUUAUUUUAAUGAAAUGGUGUAUGGUGAUGGUUCUUUCUCUGGUUUUGUACCAACAUUUGGCUUUCAAAGACCAAUUAAAACUCGUAGUGGGCCUGCCAGUGAACUUCAUAUUAGACUGGAAGAAUGUUAUGAACAAUGGAGAGCAUUGGAAAAGGAAAGAAAAAAGACUGAAUCUGCUCUUGCCAAGAACUACCCAGGGAAAAAGGUUUCCAGUACUAACAACACUCCAAUUCCAAGGUUGACAUCAAACCCAUCAAGAGUUGAUCGCUUAAUUGUGGAUCAGCUACGUGAACAAGCCAGAGUGGUGACUUUACUUGGAAAAAUGGAACGUCUUCGCAGUUCUCCCCUUCAUGCUAAUAUCUCCACUGCUCUUGAUAAACAUCUGGAGGUAAUUCAUAUAGUGCAGUCACGUAGAAAGGAUGAAAUUAUAAAUGCUUCAAAUCGGCAAAGGCAAGGAGCUCCGAGAUGCCAAGAUGACAGAGAUGUUUUUGCCCUCGCUUUGGCAAUUAAAGAGAUGAGUGUAGCAACACGCAAAGCACGUACUACCCUUUGGUGUGCACUUCAGAUGACCUUACCAAAAACUACCACUAUAGCUGGACAAGUAGAUGUGGAGAAAGCUUUUCAGGAGAUGGUACAGUCUGAAGAUAAAGCAUGUGAAAAUAUGAACAGCAGCAACCUCUUGAAUCAGAGAGGUGAAACAAACAAACAAACACUAAUGAAAUGUUAACCCAUACAAGAGUAAAAUUUGCAGUGUGGGUUUGGCAAGACACAGUGUACUGUGAGUAUUUUAAAUGAACUCUUAAAGCUUGACAAAUUAAUUGAUUUUCUUCCAAAUUUAAAGUUAAUACCUGAAUGAAGCAAGUUCAGCUUCUCCAAAAAAAAAAAAAAAAAAAAAAAAAAGGUCCAAUUUCUAACUAAU